AUGAUUAGAACGGAUUCUUUCGAAGGCGCACAUACCGGUGAUCCUGAACGGGAUUUAGCCUACGAACGAGAACAGAAAAGACGAGGUGAAGUGUUUUCAAUUGAUUGUGACAGCUUCGGUGAAGAAGGAGUUCCGGAUGAUGUUGUGCAGUAUUUGGUCUACUUCAAGCGUAUGGUUGAUGAAGAGAAUGUCGCUGAAAUCCAUAGUCUUUAUGAACAUGGAUUUCCCGAUUUGACAGAGCGCUUCUUUCAACAGAAGUUAUGGCCUAGUGAAGAAUCAGUCGAAACUAUAGUUGGUCCAGAUAGUCGUAUAUUUAUGAUCUUAUACAAGGAACUGUACUUUCGGCAUGUUUAUACUCGAAUGCAGCGAGGUCCGUCCCUUUCACAUCGCUAUGACUCAUAUUGCAAUUAUCAAGAACUUUUCUGCGAGAUUCUCACACAAUUGGAUCAUCCGCUUUCGUUGCAGUUACCGAAUAUCUGGCUUUGGGAUAUCAUUGAUGAGUUUGUGUACCAAUUCCAAGCAUUCUGUCUAUACAAAGCGAAUCCGAGUAAGAGAAGUCCUGAAGAAUACGACGAUUUGUAUACGAUCGAACAAAAUCAAAGUGCUUGGAAUAUUUAUCCAGUUUUGAAUAUUCUUUAUUCGCUGCUGUCGAAGUCACAGAUUGAUGCUCAGCUGAUGGCGAUACGUGAAGGAAGAAACCCAGAUGAUGUUGCUGAUGAGUUUGGCCGAUCGGCGCUCUAUUUCAAACUUGGCUAUUUCUCACUAAUUGGCCUUUUACGAACUCACGUUUUGUUAGGCGAUUAUCAUCAAGCGCUGAAAACGGUCGAAAAUUUGGAAUUAGAUCCAAAGGGUCUUUACAAUACGGUCCCGUCUUGUCUUGUUACGCUGCAUUAUUUCGUCGGUUUUUCACAUAUGAUGAUGCGCAAUUACGGUGAAGCAACGAAGAUCUUUGUCAAUUGUCUGCUCUAUAUCCAACGCACAAAAAAUCUACAACAACAACAUCAACAACAGAAAAAAAAUUUUCAGUACGAUGUGAUUGGCAAAACGAACGAUCAACUGUAUCAUCUGUUAGCGAUCUGCUUAACGUUACAACCACAACGGAUUGACGAUUCAAUCCAGUCACAACUUUUAGAAAAAAAUGGUGAUCGUAUGAAUCGUAUGAGUAAUGGUGAUAUUGACGAGUUCCGGAUGGCAUUUCAACAAGGAUGUCCGAAGUUUCUCUCUCCAACGACCGUCGUUUAUGAAGGAAUUAAUCAAGCUAAGGAACCGCUCGUUCGACAGUGCAACGCAUUUCUUGAAGGUAUUGAGUCUCAAAUCAUGUUACCGAUCUUGCGUGGCUAUUUGAAGCUCUAUACAACGCUUCCGACCAAGAAACUAGCCAGCUUCAUGGAUGUUCCAGAAUGUGAUUACGACUCGUUUAUUGGAAAAUUGUUAACGUUCAAGAUGAUUGUAACUGAAUUGGGCAAAGAAUUCAACGAGCACAGUAGUGAUCUUGACGAUUCAACUACAGAUCUAGACUUUUACGUUGACAAGGAUAUGAUCAUAAUUGCCGAUACGAAGGUGGCUCGUCGCAUUGGAGAGUAUUUCGUUAAACAUAUUCAAAAGUUGAAAGAUGUGAAUGCAAAACUUAAUAAAAUGCCGUCUUUAGCAGUCACGUCCACUUAG